CUAUAUACAGUUGUAAAAUUAAAAAUAUUUUUUGUAUUGAAAAGUCCAGUCAUAGUCAAAACUGUAGUCACUCUUUUUAGUUAAUAAAUUUAAUUUUAUUUGAAUACACAUCUACUUUUUGCUUAUUUUGUUGUAAAGAGACGUAUUAUAUUUACAUUUAUUACUAUCAAGGUAUGGAACAGAUCUAAAGAUGAGCAACGAUGAUAAUCACGGAUCGUCUUCUUGUCCAAGCAAAUUUACGAGUUUGUAUAUAGCAAAUCUUGAUGCCCAGGUCUCUGAAGAAAUGUUGAUUCUGAUGUUUUCGGAUUUCGGAAAGAUUAGAAGAUCGGUUCUAGCAAAGGAUUUUAGAGGAGAGUCACGAGGAUUUGCUUUCAUUGUGUUUGAAAACGCGGAUAGUGCUGGACGAGCCAUGCUUCAUAUGAACGGAAGGUUAAUAGGUCAGAAGAUUCUAUACGUUGAGAGGACACCCAAGGUCGAAGAAGGUCGAGACAUAUGGUAGUCUCACUCACGUUGGGUUACUGCUCUUGGUCGAGAUAUAUGGUAGUCUCACUCACUUUUUUCGCUAAACGCCUAUGGUAACAUUUAUAACGUCGGUUGGCUAAGACAUAUCUCGUCUGAUUACUAAACUUUAACGACAAAAUUAAUUAAGCAAAUUAUAUGCCGUUGCUAAACAAGCGUAAAUGUUUAUUUUUCUUUGGUUUUCUGAUAAAUAUCUUAACUUCCAAAAAAAAUCUCAUUUAUAAAUCGUAA